AUCUGAAAGCAAAGGCUACGAGAAACUGGAUAUUCUUUCAGAAAUCUUUGAAAAAACAGUCUAACAAAGACAACCCUUUGAUUGAUCUUUUGGGUUAAUGUGCGUGUUUUUGCGCGCACACGAAACGAACCUGAGCCUAAAGCAUACUCCUCCUCCCUCCUCCUCCCUCCGUUUUCUCUCCUCCUCUCCCUCCCCCCCGGUCCUCUAUGCUCAGUUCGGUCUGUGUAUCCUCUUUCAAAGGGCGCAAGGGUGGGAAUAAGUCGUCCAACAAAGCAUGUUACAGCGCAGACAUGACUUGUCCGUCGGAAAGCGAGAAGAUCGUGAUAAACUGCGGGGGGGUGCGGCAUGAAACAUACCGAAGCACCCUAAAAACGUUACCCGGUACCCGUUUAUCUUGGCUUACCGAGCCGGACGCAUUCAGCAACUUCGAUUACGACCCCAAAUCCGACGAGUUCUUCUUCGAUCGCCACCCGUCUGUCUUUUCAUUCAUCCUGAACUAUUACCGCACGGGGAAGUUGCACUGUCCGAAUGAUGUGUGCGGUCCGCUGUUCGAAGAGGAGCUGGCAUUCUGGGGCAUCGAUGAGACGGACGUGGAGGCUUGUUGCUGGAUGAAUUAUCGGCAGCACAGGGAUGCGGAGGAGGCGUUGGACAGCUUUGAAAAUCCUGAACCGGACGCGCCAGAGGACGACCCCGCGCUAACUGGCGGCGCGGAUGGGGACCUGAAAAGACUGUGCAUGCAGGAGGACGCGAGGAAAGCGGGUUGGUGGAAAACCUGGCAGCCCAGGAUAUGGGCCCUUUUUGAGGACCCCUAUUCCUCCAAAUAUGCUCGGUAUGUGGCGUUUGGUUCACUCCUCUUCAUCCUGAUCUCCAUCUCUACCUUCUGUAUGGAGACACAUGAGGCCUUCAACACCAUCUACAACAAGACGGAGAACGUGACGGUGGGGAACGUGACGCGCGAGGAGAUUGUCUACGAGGUGGUGACCGACAGUUGGCUGACGUACGUGGAGGGCAUGUGCGUUAUCUGGUUCACCAUCGAGGUGAUGAUGCGCGUCAUCUUCUGCCCGGACAAGGCCGAGUUCUUCAAGAGCACCCUCAACAUCAUUGACUUCAUCGCCAUCCUGCCUUUCUACCUGGAGGUGGGGCUGAGUGGCCUGUCUUCCAAGGCUGCCAAGGACGUCCUGGGGUUCCUGCGUGUGGUCCGUUUCGUGCGCAUCCUCCGAAUCUUCAAGCUGACCCGCCACUUUGUGGGUCUCCGAGUCCUGGGCCACACCCUGCGCGCCAGCACCAACGAGUUCCUCCUCCUCAUCAUCUUCCUUGCCCUGGGCGUGCUCAUCUUCGCCACGAUGAUCUACUACGCCGAGCGCAUCGGCGCUUCUCCCGAUGACCCGACUGCCAGCGCCCACACCAACUUCAAGAACAUUCCUAUUGGCUUCUGGUGGGCUGUGGUCACCAUGACCACCCUGGGGUACGGGGACAUGUACCCGGAGACGUGGUCCGGCAUGCUGGUGGGCGCGCUGUGCGCCCUGGCGGGCGUGCUGACCAUUGCCAUGCCCGUGCCCGUCAUCGUCAACAACUUCGGUAUGUACUAUUCCCUGGCCAUGGCCAAGCAGAAGCUGCCCAAGAAGAAGAACAAGCACAUUCCUCGGGCCCCUCAGCCCGGCUCGCCCAACUACUGCAAGCCUGACGCCCUGGCUAUGGCCACUGCCUCUCCUCAAAGGAUCCUGGGAAACGUAGUUGGUGGGGUGAUGGGGCCUGGAGGCCUUGCAGGGGACUGCCCUCUGGCUCAGGAGGAGAUCAUAGAGAUAAACAGAGAUUCCAAGCAGAAUGGCGACGCGGCAUCCGCCGCCCUGGCUAACGAGGACUGCCCCACCAUCGACCAGGUGUUGAGCCCAGACGAGAGGAGCCCGGCCGGGCGUGGAGGCAUCACCCGGGAACGCUACCAGCAGGACCGCGCCUGCUUCCUGCUCAACACCAGGGAAUUCCGUGCCACAGAUGGGAAUGUGCGGAAAGAGGCCGCAGCUCUGGCAGCCAGCCCUGACUCCCCCUUGACUGAGGAUUGGUAUAAGCUGGAAGGGUCUCUGUUACAGCAGGACCUCAAUGCAAACUCCACCUCCUCCUGGAUCAAACCAUAA